AUGACCCUGGACUUCUACUAUAUGGCUACCUCAGCUCCCUGUCGCUCAGUGAUGCUGACGGCCAAGGCUGUAGGGGUGGAGCUGAACCUUAAGGAGCUGGAUUUGAUAGCUGGGGAGCAGAUGAAACCCGAGUUCAUUGCCAUCAACCCCCAACACUGUGUCCCCACUUUGGUCGAUGAUGACUUUGCUUUGUGGGAGAGCCGUCCCAUCUGCUCCUACCUCGUUAACCGGUAUGGAGAGGACGACUCCCAUUAGCCCAGUUAUCCCAAGACCCGCGCCCAGGUAGAUCGCCUCCUCUUGGAUAUGGGCACACUCUACCACCGCUUGGAAUAUGUGCACCCAGUGUUGUUUGAGGCAAGAGGAGCCAAAUUCUAG